CGGUUUCUGCUGUCGAUCGGCUCGUUUGUAUUUGCUUACUGAAAGUGCAAUCAAAUAAAUAUAAAUACGCUUUAAUAUAUUAACCAGUUUUAGUACAAAUGCGGAUAUACAUGGAUUAAUAAUCCCUUUUAAAUCAUUUCGAUUGUAGAGCAGAAAGUAUGAUAUCGAAAAACUUCUUAUCACAUUUGCUGUCCAUCUGCCUGAUUCUAUUGAGUUUGAAUUCAAGAUCAGUCAAUGGAGCAUGCGGCGCUAACAAAUUUGAAUGUGACAAUGGAAGCUGCAUAUCGAUGUACGAAGUGUGCAAUGGAGUUAAGAACUGUCCGGAUGGCUCAGAUGAGACGGGUCAGACGUGCAUUAACCAGAGACAGUAUUGCACGAAGCCGUACUUCCAGUGCAGCUAUGGAGCCUGCGUGAUCGGUACGGCCAAAUGCAAUGGGAUCACCGAAUGUGCCGAUGGCUCCGAUGAGACAGUGCUUCGAUGUGGCAACGAGGAUGAUGUGCGGGAAUUCGAUCGCAGGCAGCAGGGCAACUGUCAAGCGAACGAGAUCAAGUGUCCAUCUGGAAUAUGCAUUGACAAGUUCCGGUUUCUGUGCGAUGGCCACGAUGAUUGUGGGGAUGGGAGCGGCUUUGAUGAGUCCGUCACCAUGUGUGGACACCUUGAUUGUCCGGAUUACGCCUUUAAGUGUGCCACCGGCAGCUGCAUUUCCAGCGAACUGAUGUGCAACGGCAAGGAUGACUGCUUCGAUGGAUCCGAUGAGGCACCACUGCUUUGCAACACCACCUCAGUGCCAAAGAAAGAGACGUCGGAUCAGUUGCCUCCGCCGGAUCAGGUCGGCUGUCCACUGCCAGUGGGUGAUGAGCGGCCCAUAUUAACAGAUAUGCGUGGGAAUGUAUUGACGCCGCCCAUCGUUAGAGCAACGGUGAGAUUCGCCUGCAGACCAGGCUACGCUCUGGAGGGUGGUGAGAGCAGCCACUGUGCCAACCGGAAGUGGAGUCUGCCCGUUGUGCCAAAGUGCGUGAAGUACUGCGACUCCAAGCGAGAUUCAUUUGGUAAUGCCAAGGAUCAGCUGAAUGGCUAUUCCACUAGAGCCACGUGCAUUUAUAAUGGAGAGCAGGUGAACUGUAACGCACCCUUCCAGCCGCCGGGUACUGUGGUGAAGUUUGUGUGUGCCACUGGUUUCCGCUCGCUGAGGACUAGUCUGCCGGACUUGAAGUGCCUACCCAGCGGUCACUGGAAUCGCGAGCGUGAGCCUUGCGAUCAGGAGUGUGGGCAAAUUGCCACGCCCAUUAAGCAGUUCUCGGCCAAUGGCUAUUCGAUCAACAAUACGGUGGUUCCCUGGCAUGUCGGUCUCUACUCCGAGCUCAAUGAGAAGGGCUUUAGCUUCGUCUGCGGCGGUUCUUUGCUCACUCCGGAUAUCGUGAUCACAGCGGCCCACUGUGUCUUCAAUCAGGUGGCCUCCGCAGCCUACUCAGAGGAAAUAUUUCGAGUGGUUGCUGCCAAGCUGUACAGGGGCUACGAUGUUCAAACGAACGAGGAUCGCAGAAGACGUGUGAAUCAGAUCAUGGUGGCACCUGGCUAUAAGGGCAAAGAGGAUAACUACGUCAAUGACUUGGCCCUGAUAAUACUGCACGAGCCCUUUGAACUGAGCAAUGUCAUUCGACCUGUGUGCGUGGCCUUCUCUCAGUUUGCCGAGAAGGAGACCAUCAAUAACAAUGUGAACGGCAAAUUUGCCGGCUGGAACUUCAAGGAUAAGCGCGAGCUGCAGUUUGUUCCCGCUGAAUCGCAAAUGAACUCCGUAUGCGUUGCUAGUCUGAGGGACAUCACAUCCGACAAGUUCUGUAUGUACACCCAGGGCAAGUCCCUGGCCUGUCACGGUGACAGCGGAGGUGGCUUCACUGCUGAGCGGGAGACAAGUUCCUUCUCGCGAGAUCCUUAUAGGCACUAUCUGUACGGAAUUAUAAGCAGUGCACCGAAUGCUGGAGAGUGUGCCCAGAGCUUAACUGUUUUGACGAAUAUACAACACUUCGAGAAUUUCAUCAAGGAUGCCAUCAAACAAAGUCAGGACAACAAAUCUUAAGCUAAAAUAGUUAGACAUUUAUUAGCUUUAACCCACAUGAUCUACUUUAAAUAUAUAUGAAUAAAUAUACAAAAUUAAAAUAGA